CAAAGUCGGUCCGGCUUCUGCUGCUGCCAGACGGCAGUGACGUCGCUGAAGCUGUCGCAGCACUGGUCCUGGUGUCGGCCCGUGCCUCAUCGCACCCGCCGUCCUGGUGACUUGCGGCUUCGGGCACCACGCAGAGCUCGCGCAUGAUGGCUGCAGCAGACGGCCGCCAUGUCGCUCAAGUCGCGGGGCUCAAAGGACAGCGCUGACGCGGUGCCCCUGCGGGAGGCCGGUGAGGCCGAUGGCGGCGCCGACGACAAGCCCGCCGCCGGCGACGACGCCAUCUGCCUCAAGGCCAAGAUGUCGCUGCUCAACGGCAUCACCGUCAUCGUAGGCUCCAUCAUCGGGUCGGGCAUCUUCGUCUCGCCGACCGGCGUGCUCAAGGAGACGGGCUCCGUGAACCUGGCGCUCGUCGUGUGGGUCGUGUCGGGCAUCUUCUCCAUGGUGGGCGCGUACUGCUACGCAGAGCUGGGCUGCAUGAUCCGUAAGUCGGGCGCGGACUACGCCUACAUCAUGGAGACGUUCGGGCCCUUCAUGGCCUUCAUCCGGCUGUGGAUCGAGUGCAUGAUCGUGCGGCCGUGCUCGCAGGCCAUCGUGGCGCUCACCUUCUCCGUGUACGUGCUCAAGCCCUUCUACCCGGACUGCACGCCGCCGGACGAGUCUGUGCGCCUGCUCGCCGUGUGCUGCAUCA